AUGACAUCAACACCCUCGCUCAGGCAAAGCCUUGCCGCUGCUGUCCUUGCCGCUCUUCCUCUCGCCAGUGCACAAGGCACUACUCCUCCAAAACUCACAGCCGAUUGUAACAAUGUAGCCAUCUUCAUGGCCCGUGGAAACGAUGCUCCAUACCACGACGGACGCACCUCACCAUUUAGCGAUGCUACCUGCGCAAAAUUUCAGGCCAAGGGCUUCACUUGCGACUACAUGGACGUCGUCUUCGAUGGCACUCUUGGUGUCCCGUACUGCCCUACCAUCCAGGAGGGUGCCGUCAACGGCGUCAGGCAAAUCACAGAGUACAAUGCCAAGUGCCCGGACACCUUGAUUGUCCUCAACGGUUACUCUCAAGGUGCCAUGGUCGGUGGUGCUAUACUCAGUGGUGGAGGUGAGGACGCAUGCGAUGUUGAUCCGCAGACUACCGGUCUUGACCCCAACUCCAAGGCCGGCCAGGCCCUCAAGGCGGCUCUCCUCUGGGGUGACGUCAAGCAUACUGCUAAUCAGCCAUACAACGUGCUCGAUGGUGCCGACAAGCAGGUCUGGCCGCGUACAGGUGCCAAUCUUGAGCGCAUGAACCGCUUCUCUUCUGUCUUGCGUUCAUACUGCGCUGCCGGUGACCCGGUUUGCGCUGGUGGUACCAACGUUGCUCAGCAUCUCAACUACUUUGAGUUGUACACAGAUGAGUCUUCGUCAUGGGUUGUCGACAAGCUUACACCGCUCUUGGUCAAGCCUUCUUCAUCGUCUGUCUUGUCAAGCUCGGCUACGCCUACUCCCACGCCUACACCUUCACCUGAACCCACACCCACACCUACGCCCACCUCUGCGGCCUCUACCUCUGAGGUCAGUUCCACCGAGCCUUCUAGUACCGUAGUAGUUCCUGAGUCUUCCACUCCAGUUUCCUCGGAUAUCAAGUCCACCAGCACUGCAGUUAUCCCCAGCCCCUCAAGCCCAAGCCCCGACUCAACUACUCUGGCUCCUCCUUCCCACCCAGGAACAACAGCCUACCCCAUAACUAUCAUCCCGACUUCUUCAGCGCACUAUGGCAACUCGACUAUCCCGGCUUCCAGCUCCAUAAAGACGCCUAUCAAGCCCCAUGAGACGCCUUCCCUGCCUGCUGGACAUGCUUCGUAUCCGGCUGUUCCGGCUCCGGUUACCACAAAGGCGCCGGGAUACCCUGCGCACCCGCCGGCUUGCCCACCGGCUCUCGUCUACGAGACGGUGACGGAGUACGCAUACGUAUAUGAGAGUAUGUGA